UAUAUUGUACCCACCCCUACCCACGGGGAUGUAUGUACAACGGUUUAAUAUAUUCACGAUAUUUACUGACUGUUAAACUGUAAUAUUAAUCGUGUCACUUAAAGGAAAUAAUAAUAAAAGGAAGAUGCCCGAAUUUCCAUUGGGAUAUCGUGAAGUGGUGCCCGACCAGACGUUGCCGGAAAAGUGGAAUGAAAUUACAUUAAACACUGGAGGAAGUCAAAGUACUUUGCAAGAUAUCAAAGUACCAGAAAGAGCUGGAGGCUAUUCGUACAAAGACAGCACUAGACAUUACACUCGUAAUCGUUUCAUUUAUUGGCGCAUUUCCCAUGAUGUUUUAGAGCUUGUUGAACACAGUUUAGACGUGAAUCUUGCAAAUUGUAGAGUUAGAUACAAAUUCACUGAUACUCCGAUCCUAGAUGGAAUAUCAAUUCAUGAAACAGUAAAUUCUGUAAUAAUACUCGUUGUUACUGUAUCUACUGUUCAUAAGCUCACAUUUCCACAUCCAGAUAAAAUACACAGACAGGAACAUUUAUUGGGAGCGCAUCCUGAUCUUAGUGUUCAGUCAAUUCUUAGCGAGGCAUCCGUUCAAGCUGCUAGAGAUCCUCAAACAUUCCAUAUUAUUACAAGUGCUGGAACGACAAAUUCGCCAGUACCACAUGCCGCAGCAUCAUGGCUCACGCUUCCACAAGAAGAGGCGCUCUUUGCGCUAGCCUACAACUCUGGGACUAUUCUCUUGCUGCGACUUGAUACAGUGACAGGAAUGGUACAUUCAAGUGAAUUAAAACAAGACUCAAUCGUACCCCGAUUCCUUAGUGGAAUAGCCACGGCCUUAAGAGGCCGUAACUACGAAGGCCAUGUUGCUAUGGCUCUUGUUAUACAUACAUGCGGCAAUGACACUUACUUAUUUGCCUUGUGCCGCGAAGGCAACGUGCGAAUGUGGUCUUGCAAUAAAGCUCAGUGCAUAGCAGUAGCAGACGUUGCAAUCGACAACAGAGUAGCCUCUCAAGGUGCUCAAGCGCACAUGCUAAGGAAAGUUGUAGGGGGUAAAGAUGGUGAACUAUACUUAGGAACAUAUUUGAAAUUCGGAACAGGAUGUGAAUUCAGUAUUUUGCAACCUAUACAACAGGCUGGAGUAUUCAAAUUCAUCAGGAUAUGUACAAGAUUUGCACCAGACCAACACUUAGUUGAUUUUUCAUUCACUACUACUCGAUUAUGGGCAGUGUGGCGUACAACUGACAUGGAUACUGUAGCUGUAACUCACGCCCAGUUGUCACUGAAUGGUUCUCAAAUCAAUUCAGAAUGGGAAACAGCUGUUUUGGAGCAGCCACUAGACAGAGAUUAUAUCGUUACCGAUCCUGGAACAGAUCCACGACAAGCAUAUGUCAAGUACAUCUUUCACCCUGGUCAAUUCUCUUUGGCCGAUAUUACAAGGGCUCUCAGCAUCUACAGAAGAUCAAAUCUGGCUGGUCACAUGACUUACUCGCCAUCCCUAAUAAAAGAACGCGUUUGCAUGGCCGUGGAAUCUGAAAUUCGAGCAGAAGUUAUGGAGUACGAAAUGACGGAUGAAGAUUACUUAGAAAUCGCUAAUCGUUGCUGGUCAAAAUUUUACUCAUGCGUCAUCCAGUAUCACGCCAAUGGUACCAAACCUGUUGGACUAUUGUUAUUGCCCGGCGUUUAUGGUGCUGUACUAUUAAAAAAAUCAUCCUUCUCUCUUCUACGGCCAAUGGAGGCCUUGGAACAUUUGAUGUUAUGCAAUGACAAUGCCUAUGUCAGUCGAUUUAAAACAACACCAGUCUUAUCACAAAACGAAGACGUCUGUCAAGAUUUGAUCACUUUGAUGUCAACAAUAGCAAUGCUGGAAGAACAAUUGUCGGAGGAGCUCAAAACAAGUAUUCAAAGAGAGUUGUACCAUUUGAAGAGUCCGGAUAUGAUAGUAGAUGAUUUACUGUCACGGUUAAUAUUAGAUCCCGAAGAUCCUCUUUUAGAAUUCAAUUUCCAAUCAGAUUUAUAUCAAAAGAUGAAGAGUAUCAAAGAUAUAUCAAGUGCAAUGGCCAUGCUCUUAGAAGCACUGAUGUAUGAUCUUGGUCAGCCAAAUAAAAUGCAGUUGGAACAGAAUAGCGAAGCUUCGAAGAUGCUUCUUAAUGUUAGUCAUUUGUUUGGGAGUCAAUUAGGCAUCUCUACGGUGGCUCAGAGUGUAACACAAAUUACACGCUUGAGAUUCUCUAUUUGUAGAAAUCUCUUAAUGUUACAACAAAUCGUAUUAAGUCGACCGGAAGCGUUCGAUUCAAGAUCAUUACAUUCUAUAAAAUCGGCAUCCGCGCCAAGAACUGUUGUACUUACUCAAGCCUAUCAUGCCGUCAUGUGGAUAUGUGAAACUCCUGCUCCUUCGGCUUCAUCGCAAAGUUUAAUCGAAAACAGCGUGCAACGUUUGGCAUUGCUAAAAUUACCAGAGUGCAGAAUCAAUUCCAUACAAAGACAACAACGUUUAAUGUGCCUCCUUGAAUUGUUUAUACAAAGUUCUGGAGCAAAGCAUGCUCACAAUCUUAUGGCUUGUACAAACCUAGAUAUAACUGGCCUCGUCCCAUGGCAUUAUGGAAUGCUAAAGUAUGUCACACUCAUCGCUCAAUUGGUCUGGCCUAUUUCUGGCAACUUCUUGUUUCCUAAGUGGCUAUUAUCUAGCUGUCAAUUCCUAUUAGUCCAGGAAUACGUAAGACUCUUGAGUACCUGGUGCGAAUGGAAUAGCGCCUCGAGGAAAUUCAUCCUGGCAGUCGCUCUCUUGGAAAUGGGUGAUGCCCAAAAGGCUUGUGAUCAAUUUUUGAGAGCAUCCAAUGGUAUCCUUACUGAUCCUUUUUUGGCUGAUACACUACUGGAAUCCGAGGCAAUGUCAGAAAGCAGUGCUUUGGUUCAUUAUUAUCUCAGAGUAAUUGAACUAUUCGAUCAACACAAUAUUUCUGGCUGCAUUAUUGAAUUGGCUGAAACAGCUAUAAUUGUCGCUGAAAAGGAUGAUCCAAAUUUACCAACGCUCCAUUCCGUAAUAUUUACGCAACACUUGAAGUUAGGACACCAUACUGAAGCAUAUCAUUGUCUGAAUGCCAAUCCUGAUGCUGCUCGCAGAGUCGAUUGCUUGAGACAAUUAGUCGUUACAUUAUUUGAACGAAAAAAUUUAGUCGACCUUGUCUCUUUUCCGUAUGUGGAAAUGUAUGACGAUCUGGAGAGAAUAGUAGAGAGUCGUGCAAGGAGCGUCGAUCUUGUGGAAAAUAAUUAUUACAACUUUUUAUACAGUUUUCACAUAAACAAAGGAAACGUAAGAAAAGCUGCUUCUGUCAUGUAUGAACAAUCUAUGCGUCUUGGCCAAGAGUCCUUCACGGCUCCAAUCAUUUCAAAACAAUCACAAUGCUUAUUAGCUUGUAUCAAUUCUUUACACCUUGUGCAAGAGAAAUAUCGAUGGAUUGUUAGGCCCGUGGUUGAUCAAACGUUUUCCAACGAUACAACAUCAAAUAAAAAAAGGAGUAUAGACGGUAAAGACGUUCUGCAUUACAAAGUUCAAAAGCAAGUGGAAGUUUUGGAAUUGAAGGACAUCAAAAAAGAGUUCUAUAUAGUUGAGGCUAGAUUGAAAUUAUCCAAAUUGAAUUCCGAAAUACAGACUAUUACACAAGCCACCCCGGCCGAAUUGAUUGUUAUUUUGUCUAGUGUCGGCCUUUAUACCACAGCUUUACAUUUAUGCGAUCUUUUUAAUGUUUCGAAAAGUUCGGUACUAGAAAGUUUAGCUUCUCAUUGCGUCAGACUUAGUCAAUAUGAUGACCGCAAUGCUUGGGACUGGCUUGUUCAGAAUGAUAUCUUCGAUCUAGGUAUGUCAGAUUCCAAUGUAACAAAUGUUGCUUGGAAAUUAUUGGAGCACCUUACACUCAAACACGAACAGGAGAGAAGUAGCGAAUUGCAUAAAGGAAUUGCUAGAAAACUACUUAGACUCGGUGCUUUUAUACCACAUUGGCUGUUGUCAUUUUACAAAAAGCGCAAUCCUGCUGAACUUUUACGGCUUAUACUGAGCACAGGCCGACUUUUGGAAGCUACAGAAUUGGCCGUGGACUACAUAAAAGCAAUAUUGGGAAUUGGCAAAGAAUAUUUUGGAUUAGAAACUGCAUUGUUGCCAACAGCCCCUGCUACGUGGUUACCUCUUAAUACCUUAGAGUUACUAUUACUCGAAUUGGAAAAUGCCAGUUUGGAUGAUCCUGUAUAUAUUGAGAGUUACAAGGAGUUGAAGCAAACAUUGGAUACGUAUAUUGAAACAGUUGUUCGGGUUUCAAAGGAUAUGAUUACAAACAAAAUUAUGAGUAGCAACUGCUAACGAAGCAAGAGGAAUUGAGAGAUCAGUGGAUUGUUUUCCAUCACUGAACCCGUCACCUGCAAAGAUACAAACACUUGUGUUUAGAUUAAUCAUACAUAUGAAAAUAUUUAAAAUAUUUUGGACUAACAGAACCAUAAGUCGUUUACGUUCCUUUUAACACAAUAGAAAGUUUACAAGUA